GGUGCCCCCGGGGCAGGGACAGCGCCCCGGGCCCGGCUCUCGUCGGGCACCGCGGCGGCGCCCGCCCGCACGGCCUCGUGGGGCUUGUUCCUCACAGCGUCGGCUCAGACCGCCAGGCAGGGGAGGGAGCUCACCCUCCGCCUGCCCCGGGGGCGGUGCUCCGGUGCCUCCGCCCCUCACCGCCUGAACAGUCCCGCGGCAGCCGCUCGUACCGGAGCCGCGGCCUGGCCUUGCUUCGCCACGCCCGGUCCCUUCCCCCUGCGCCGCUCACCAGGGGGUUCGCGCUUCCCGCCGGCUCCCACUGCCCCGCGAUGCCGUCCAACAAAUCCGUCUCGGACGCGCCCAUCGUCCAGUUCACCAACUGCCGCAUCCUGAGGGACCACCAGCUCCAGAGGGAGGACCUGUGGGUACGAGAAGGGAAGAUCCUCAACCCAGAGAAACUCUUCUUUGACGAAAAGGGCUCUGCUGAUGUCCAGCUGGACUGCAAGGACAGCAUCAUCGCCCCAGGUUUCAUCGAUGUCCAGAUCAAUGGAGGCUUUGGGGUGGACUUCUCUCUGGCUACGGAUGACUUCAAAUCAGGUAUUGACCUGGUCAGUCAGAAAAUCCUCUCCCAUGGAGUGACCUCUUUCUGUCCCACCCUGGUGAGCUCUCCUCCAUCUGUGUACCACCAGGUUCUCCCUCAGAUCAGUGUAAGAAAUGGUGGAGCCCAUGGAGCAGGAAUCCUGGGAGCCCACCUGGAGGGGCCGUUCAUCAGCAAGGAGAAAAAGGGUGCCCACCCAGAGCACUGCCUUCGCACCUUUGAAGCAGGUGCUUUCCAGGACCUGCUUGCCACCUAUGGCUCCCUGGACUGUGUCCAGAUAGUGACCCUGGCCCCUGAAAUGAGGAGGAGCAGUGAGGUGAUCCGGGAGCUCACCAAGCGGGGCAUCUGUGUCUCCCUGGGUCACUCAGUGGCUAAUCUGUCCCAGGCUGAGGAGGCUGUGCAGCACGGAGCAACCUUCAUCACUCACCUCUUCAAUGCCAUGCUGCCGUUCCACCACCGUGACCCUGGCAUUGUGGGGCUGCUGACAAGUGACAAGAUUCCUGCUGGGCGGAGGGUCUUCUAUGGCAUGAUUUCUGAUGGCAUCCACACCAACCCUGCUGCCCUGCGCAUCGCCCACCGAGCCCACCCCAAAGGGCUGGUGCUGGUGACAGAUGCAAUUGCUGGCAUGGGGCUAGCACCAGGUCGGCACACUCUGGGUCAGCAGGUGGUGGAGAUCGAUGGGCUGAACACCUACAUCGCAGGCACAAAGACCCUGAGUGGCAGCGUGGCGACCAUGGACACUUGUGUGCGACACUUCCAAGAAGCCACAGGGUGCUCAGUAGAGACUGCGUUGGAGGCAGCAUCUCUGCAUCCCGCUCAGCUCCUGGGGAUUGAACAUAAAAAGGGGACACUGAAUUAUGACUCCGAUGCAGAUUUCCUAAUGCUGAAUGACAGCCUGUGUGUGCAAGCCACGUACAUUGCCGGCGAGGAAGUCUGGCGACAGGAUGUGUUGGGCAUGUGACACUGGGCUGUCCCAGUGCCCUCCAAGGCUCGCUCACUGGCACUGUGGUUAGCAGCUCUGGCAACCAUUCAACUUCUCUCUUUUGGUUUUUUUUCCCAAUUCCUUCCUGCAACUCCCUCUAAGGAGCCUCAUACCAAAGAGCUGCGUUUUCCAGCUUCCAGUUCAGCCAUGCCUGCCAAGAAUUUGUUGGUGCUCAGUUGGUGGUAUGGGGAAAGAAGGCAGCUCUAUGCUGGCAAGGAAUGCCAGUCCUGGAGUGACCUACAGGACUGCACAGCUGUCCUGCCCCCAGACAGGUGCUCCUGUCACCAUCUGACAGCAGUGAGGAGUUGUCCCAGCCUUUGCACAGUUUGUACAGCACACACUAACCUGCUCUGCACCUGAGGCAGGCUCAAGCCAUUCCAAUUCCUCUGCCUGCUGUUUGCUUUGCUUCCAGGCAGCCAUGACUUGUUAGACAUCAGCUUCCACCAGCUCAGCUCGCAGCUCUUCCCAUGACGAGGUUUCUGUUGUGUAAGCAGAAGCUGAGGAUCACAUUCAGAUCUCCUGACAGCCUUUCUGUCGUGUGUUCUCAGAGCAAGGCUGCCACAGCUUGCUUACUCGGUGCCCUUGUGGGGCUGAAUCCUCAGGGCAGAGAUCAAACCCAGGAAUACCAAGGCAUUGCUGGUCCUUUGUGCCUUUUCCCUGCAUGGGCAUUGAGUCCACAGAGCUGGAGAUAUGAACAGCAUCCUACGACAUAAAACAAUGUUCCUUUCA